CCCCGAACCCGUCCCACUCCCUUAUUGAUUUGCAUUUUGCACAGAGAAAUUGUUGGCCCUAAAUUACUGGCUCUGGAAUUUAUUGUAACUCUUUUUGUUGGCCACAUAACUCACGUGCCCCACAACAAAACACGCACAUGAAAACCCAAAAAUACACCAAGGUUUAUAUUCGCUUCUUGUCACUAAUCAAUCACGGGGCAUUUUCUUUUCUACAUUUUCCCUAACACCUGAAAACUAAGUACAUUUCGGCCGAAAAGUUGCAAAAACAGGGCUACGAAAAUAACACGGGCAAAGUGCGGUUACGGUUGUGAAUUCCCACUAAAUAAUGCAAUACAUUUCUAUUUCCACGAACCACAAAAAAUACCGUGCUCAUCCUGCGGAUUAACCAACAAUAUUUAUAUCGACGAACUGCGUUGUGUGAAACGAACGACAACGACGAUGACGACGAUCUGCGGGAUUAACGCGCCCUGGAACUGAACGAUGGAUCUUGCAGAUCAAAUCGAUGACUAUAUCUGUUCGUUCGAGGGACUUGGUGACUUAACAAUGGACUCCCUGGCCAUCUUCAUUUUCCUGUGGGCCGUUCUGGCCCUCUUCUCCGUGUGGCUGAUCAAGCUGCUGUACCACAAGUAUCUCAGCAAGGACAAGUCGUCCAGUGCGGCCAACAGUCGCCAGACGAGCGUGGCCCCCGCCUCCGGAUCGCCCUCAUCCGCUGCUGGCAAGGCGGAGAAGCGCCUCUCGGAGCCGCGCGAUCUGCUGGCCACCAAGAGCAAGGUGGAGGAUUUGUCCAAGCCCCUGACCGGCGGAUCCGGAGGUCGCGGACGCUCGUCCGCCUCGCCCUUGAACAGCGCUGGUGCAGCUGCCGGAGGACCACGUCGCCGCGUGGUGCGCCAGAGCUCCACUGGGCCAGAGAACCGCAAGAAGCGCUAUGUCCCACCGCCAUCGAAUGUCGUGGGUCCAGAAACGAGCUCCGUCACCUGGACCAGCCAAGUGUUCCGCUGGCUUUACAGCGACCUGGUCAUCGUCAACGAGCUGCUCAUGUCCUGGGUGAUUGCCAUCAACGACACGCUGCGAAAGUCCGUGGAGGAGCAUGGAGUGGCCGUUGAAGUGGUUCGAGUGCUGCCCGACAGUCCUGCCCCCGGCUUGAAUAAUAUAUUCUGUAAUUGUGAUGAGAACAAUCCCGCUGAUAUGCUCAUCACCUUCGACUGCGAUGCCAUGCCGGUGCUGCAGGUGAAGACUUUCCGCCAGAAGGCUGGCAAGGUGGAGACCUCCCACUACAAGGUCACCGUGUCUAGGUUCCGAGCCCGCAUGGCCAUUCCCAUGAACUACAACACCCUCAAGGGGGAGAUGCGCGUUGAGGGCUAUCCGGAUGUUCGCAUCGCGAUGAACAGCGUGGGCGCCAUCAAGGCGAUGGACCAGGACGAACAGCAGCUGCAGACGGUGAUCAGCGACAUCCUGACGACGGCCCUGCGCGACACCGUCUACCCGGUGGACUUCUCCAUCUACUCCACCUGCCCGCGGGCCGAGGUGGAGCCCCUGGACCUGCCCGUAAUCUAUCCCGUUCACUAUGACUCGCUGGCGCACAACAUGGAGCACCACCUGGGCGGCGUGGGCCUGCGGGACUCGCAGCACAUGGUUUCCGGCCGACGGCUGCUGGUGAAGAUCGUCAAGGGCGAGGGAAUACGGGAGGCGCAGAAUCCCUAUGUGGUCAUCGAGAUGGACGAGCCGGCACAGAAGAACCAGACGGGCACCCAGCGCGGCAACAAACCCUUCUGGGAUGAGCACUUCCUCUUUGAACUCUCCCCCCAGUCGGCCGAGAUCCUGUUCGAGGUGUACGACCAUCCGGUGAUUGCCUCAGAUCCGCCCAAGUUCCUGGGUCUCGGCCUGGUUGGAAUCGACGAGCUGGCCGUGGGACCAGCUUCCACCCAGCUGCUGCAACUGCAGCCGCGACCCUAUGAGACGCAGCCCGUUUCGGGAUCCAUCACCGUGGACUUUGUGUUCAUCGAGGGUGCCGAAAUCCCCGUGGGUGUCCGUCCCCAGCGUCUGAAGGAGGCACUGCGUCUCAGCACGCCGGCUAUUAACGAACACAUCCGGAACGGAGCGGAUCUGGCGGAUGCAGCCUUACGAGCUCUGCAGGAUGGAGCGCUCUCGGGCGGCGGAAGUGGUGGACAGCCCAGCAAGAGCACGCUGAUCAUCCACAGCGUUCAGCGAAACUCGAGCAGCCCGAAUGCAUUUAAGGUCGAGGUGAACAAGGAGGGCCAGAUCGAGGUGACCGAAAGGGCGACCGAGCUGGAUCAGGCCGUGGCCCAGGCCUUCGAGCGGGCAGCCAACGAGGCCAGGAGUGAGCUCGAGCUGGAGCAGGCCCAGGAGGAGAAGGCCAGCCAGUUGGGCGAGGCCCUCAACGAUUCAGGUAACGGCACCGUCAACGAGGAAAGCACCGCGGAGCUUGGCCAACCCAAUGCCGCCUCAUCGCCCAAUGGCAGUGGUUACCACAACAACUACAGCCUCAACGGCAAUGGCAACUCGAAUGGAGCCGGUUCCGGUGGAUACAACAGCCUGCCCCGGAACGGAGGAGCCCAGCAGGUGGUCCAGCACUCCGGACUGGUCGAGGGCCACGAUGUGGUCGACGAUCGCGGGCGCAGCAAAAAACGUAAUUUCUUUGGCACCCUGAAGAAACGGCUCAGCCGCUCCAAGACACGCACCCUCUCGGCCGAUCAGCCUAAUAAUAACAGUCAUAAGUCACUAUCAGCCACCAACUCGAAUACAACAGCAACAGCCACCGGACUCCCUCGAACAGCCACCGGAACCCUCAAUGGUGAUUCUUCCCGUUCAUUAUCUGUCGAUCGUGCCACUCUGUCCAAAAGCAAUUCACUUGGACCCCGCAUGGGCAUUGGUCACUCCAUCACCGACCACUCACGCCGCUCCUCAAUUUCAGAAUCCUCGGCCAUCUCAGGCUUUUCCUCGGCCAGCAAUAAAACCUACGUGCACGAGGCCUCCACCCUGGUGCUGGAGACCGUCGAGAAUGGCGUGAAGCGCCACUUUAUUGUGCCUUUGGCCAUCGCCCAGAGACCGCGCUGGCGUCGCAAGGGCACCAAGCUGCACAUCUACAACGAUCACACCUUCAUCGCCAAGCAUUUGAGCGGAAGCGGCCUGCAGUGCUCCAUCUGCAUGAAGUCCAUCCCGCGGAGGCCCGGCAAGCAGGGCUACGAGUGCCGCGACUGCCAGCUGAUCUGUCACAAGCAGUGCCACAUACGGGCGCCCCAAGCAUGUCCCAAUCCCACGGUGCUCUCCAUGGAACUAACCAAACUUAAUUCGGCUGCGGCCGACCGCAGUAUACGGAAGCUGUGAAAGGGGUCUACCGCCCCCGGAGAAUCCCAUCGGAUCCAUCCAGCCCUCUAUCGAGAAACCUUAAUCGAAAUAGUACCCUAGUUACAUAGGCAGACGGAGGAGCUGUGCAACCUAUCUUCUUCUGCUAUGGCAAUGAUCGAUAUACUACGUUAUUUAUUUAUACACUCACGCGAACACCACUCACAUGUGCAAUAAGUUCUUUGGAUUCGUUUUUAACCCAUUUCCCCGUGUCAACGUUCUCGAGCCCUUUGAUAUUUUGUAUUUUCUACAUACGCGAAUAAUAAUUGUACAAAAUAAAAUCAGA